AAAAUGAAAGCAAUAAAUAAAAUUAUUCGUGGUAUUAGUCACUUGCAUAAUAAAAAUAUAGUUCAUCGAGAUCUUCAUACAGGAAAUAUAUUAGCAACUGGUCAUCUUGUUUCUUUUGAUUUAUUUAUUUCAGAUUUUGGAUUAUGUGGAGAUAUUAAUGAUAUGAACGAAAAACAUAUGUGUGGAGUUAUGUCUUAUAUGGCUCCUGAAGUGUUGAGAGGAAAACCCUAUACUAAGGCGGCAGAUAUGUAUAGCUUCGGUAUGAUUAUGUAUUUUAUAGCAACUGGAAGGCAACCUUUUGCUGAUCAUAUACAUGAUAAAUGCCUAAUAUUAAAUAUAUGUAGAGGGAUGAGACCUAAAAUAGAAGAGUGGGAAGCACCAAAAGAAUAUAUUGACAUAAUGAAAAGUUGUUGGGAUUCAAAUCCAGACAAUAGGCCAAUUGCUUUUUUAAUAGCGCUUGAU